UGUGGCGACAGUGAACCACUCCAACGGCUGCUGCGUUAAUGUAAACAUCACUCGAGGACUCGAGCGACAAUAUUUACCUAUGCGCCUGCUAAAGUAAAUUUACAGAAGAAAGGGUCUACUCCUAAAAUAUACACGAAUUUGUAAAAAGAAAUCAGACCAGGGCUUCCGUGUUACCGAGUUACUGUCGUGAGCCGUUACAUCUAUGGAUGCGUUGGUGGACCUUGACAUCUUCAUCGCAAGGUGAUGACACGGACAGGCGCCAUGAACAAGAGGAAUGUGUUCACGUGUUUGGUUGUAACCUGCUUUCUCCUCACACUUCUCUUCAUCUGUUUUAUAAAGGAUUUCAUCAACGAAUGUUCUAUAAAACUUUCUGCAAGCUCUCUAGCUGCGGGCGCAACAUUUGUGUCAAAGUUCACAGAGACUUACAGUGCCACAGCAUCAGUGACAAGCAACAAGGGGAGCUGGAGUACAUCGGCACCAGCUUAUUAUACAAAGCAGCUUGAGAAGCUGAUUGUGGAAAAUGGCGGUUUCCCACCUUUACACAGGCCUGUGUUGCCAAGUGGAGUGAACUGCACCAAGGUCUGGCAGGGGGACGUGUUCGAAGUCUCUCGUGCAAAAAGACUCUCAACCUUGGCUGCCAGGCGACCUCCGGGAUUUUACGAUACCAUCAGAAAGGAUUGUCGCACCUUCAGAAAAGUGGCUGGGUACAUCGAGCAGGUGAGUGAGGAGGAGAAGGCGUUUCCCCUGGCCUUCAGCAUCCUGCUGUACAAGGACGUGGAGCAGGUGGAGCGACUGCUGCGUGCUGUGUACCGACCUCACAACCUCUACUGUCUGCACUCUGACCUCAAGGCCAGCCCUCAGGUGCAACGCCAGAUCCGCGCUCUGGUCACGUGUCUGCCCAACGUGUUCCAAGCACCUCGACAAGUCGACGUUCGCUGGGGCACCUUCACCGUCCUCGAACCGGAGCUCAUUUGCAUGAAGGCGCUUCUCCGCAAGUCCAAGAGCUGGCGGUACUUCAUCAACCUGACAGGACAAGAGUUUCCUCUCAAGACCAACAAAGAGCUGGUGGCCAUCUUGAAGGCCUACCGUGGCGCCAACGACAUCAUCGGUAGACACGUGAAAAGUAGCGAGGUCCGAUGGAAGAGAGCAGGACCACCUCCCCACAACAUCUCUGUUGCCAAGGGUCCAGUGCACAUGUGUGCGUCACGUGACUUCGUCCACUUCGCCGUGCACUCGCGGUAUGCGCGAGACUUUCUGACGUGGAUCAAACGCACGCGCAUACCUGACGAGUCCUUCUUCACUACCUUGAACAACCUGCCUCACCUCGGCGCUCCCGGCGCCUACACAGGGAAACUGAACUCUUCAAAGAGAACGAGCGUCAACCGCUACAAACUGUGGGCUUCGUCUCGACAGACGUGCAGCGGGCGGUGGGUGCGCGGGGUGUGCAACUUCGGGGUGGCGGACAUUGUGCGCAUGGUCAGAAGCGUGGCCAUGUUCGCUAACAAGUUUCACUACGGGUUUCACACCGCAGGCUACGACUGCCUGGAGCAAUGGUACUUCUGGCGGGUGGCCAGGGAGGACAGCACGGGUCACGUGGACCUCGACACUCACCUGUACAGCAACCUGGACAUUGUGAAGCACGCGCUGAGGCGGAAGGUGACAGCGGUGGGGUGAGCAGGGGAUGCUGAAUGACAGUCUUCACAGCAACCUUGCCGAGUGUGUGUUUUGAAUAAAAGAGAUUUGAUUCCUGUAAAUGAUUAUUAUUGAAAACAUGCAAAACAAAGAGAAUGAGGCAGUUAGCAUUAGCUUUCGACUAAUAUUCUCUAGUCUGAGUCAACCUGGAAAUAAAGAACACUUUAAAGAGAUAUUAUCAUACAAUUUUAAAUGUCUGUAUUAAAAAGAAAAUCAAGGUUUAGAAAAGGCGUUGGCUACAAUUCAAUAAAGGGGCAACAGCUUA